AUGGCAAAUGUACGGAACACCAUUGAGGAGCAAAAGUCAAACUAUGGAGCAAACACGUCCGUUGGCCGCGAUCUUGGGCAGCACCAUCCGUCUGCACAAUCAAAGGGCGCUCCAGCCUUGCCUCAGGUCAACGCUGGACGUGGUCUGGUCGAGAGCAUAGAUGAUGCAUUGAAAGGUAUUGACGGUCAAGCAAGAGACAAAGCUCAAAUGGUGGAUCACAGUGUAAAAGUUGGCCAGGAGGAUGAUUUCCAUGCAAAAGCGGCCGCCAAACAACCAUAG